GCUGAUCUGCUCGCUGACAGCCAGGGACAAAGCGAGGAGGUGGGCUGCAGGCAAAUCUCUCAGUAACAGCAGCAAACUCUUAAAGCGCAAAAUCGCAAAAUAACCGACAGAGAGAGGUGGGAGUAGAAAAUACCAAAAAGACUCCAAUUUGUGCCGGCCUGUAAGUACUCCAGUUAAAACAUCAUGAUGUCCCAAAUGACAAGCACCACGAUGAGCCACGUCCAAAGCCAUACCGUUACCCAGGUAGAAGACACCGUGCAUUAUAAUCACCACAAUUAUGAGAGCGAGUUGGAGGAGUACAUGAUGCAGGAGGAAGACUGGGACAGAGACCUCCUGCUGGACCCUGCCUGGGAGAAACAGCAGAGAAAGACUUUUACUGCUUGGUGCAAUUCACAUUUGCGGAAAGCUGGUACGCAAAUUGAAAAUAUUGAAGAUGACUUCAGAAAUGGCCUUAAACUUAUGCUUCUUUUGGAAGUUAUUUCAGGUGAGCGACUCCCAAAGCCAGACCAAGGCAAGAUGCGUUUCCAUAAAAUUGCAAAUGUUAACAAAGCAUUGGAUUACAUCUCCAGCAAAGGAGUGAAGCUUGUAUCAAUUGGCGCUGAAGAAAUAGUAGAUGGGAAUGUGAAGAUGACUUUGGGUAUGAUUUGGACGAUCAUCCUCCGUUUUGCAAUUCAUGACAUAUCUGUGGAAGAAACGUCCGCUAAGGAAGGCUUGCUGCUCUGGUGCCAGAGAAAGACUGCUCCUUAUAAGAAUGUAAAUGUGCAAAACUUCCACACAAGCUGGAAAGAUGGCCUUGCACUCUGCGCGCUCAUCCACAGACAUCGUCCUGACCUUAUUGACUACUCCAAGCUACAAAAGGAUGAUGCUCUUUACAACCUGAAUCUUGCCUUGGAGAUUGCAGAAAAAGAAUUGGAUAUUCCUAAGAUGCUGGAUGCAGAAGACAUUGUAGGUGCAGCAAGACCUGACGAAAGGGCUGUUAUGACUUAUGUUUCCUGUUACUACCAUGCGUUUGCAGGUGCACAGAAGGCCGAGAUGGCAGCCAACAGGAUUUGCAAGAUACUGGCAGUGAAUCAGGAGAAUGAAAAAUCAAUGGGAGAGUAUGAGAGGCUGGCCAGUGAGCUACUGCAGUGGAUUCAGAGGACCAUCCCCUGGUUGGAAAACCGCUCCCCCGAGAAGACGAUGCAAGCCAUGCAACAGAAAUUGGAGGAUUUCCGAGACUACCGUCGCUUGCACAAACCUCCCAAAAUCCAUGAGAAGUGUCAGUUAGAAAUCAACUUCAACACUUUGCAGACCAAACUGAGGAUCAGCAACAGGCCAGCCUUCAUGCCCUCCGAGGGAAAAAUGGUUUCGGACAUUGCAGGUGCUUGGCAGCGCCUUGAGCAGGCAGAAAAGGGAUACGAAGAAUGGCUUCUGAAUGGAAUAAGGAGAUUGGAGCGUUUGGAUCAUCUAGCUGAAAAAUUCAGGCAGAAAGCUACAACUCAUGAAUUGUGGUCGCAUGGAAAAGAUUACAUGUUGAUGCAAAAAGAUUAUGAAUCUGCCUCUUUGACCGAAGUGCGGGCUUUACUGAGAAAGCAUGAGGCGUUUGAGAGUGACUUGGCUGCACACCAGGACCGAGUGGAGCAAAUUGCUGCCAUCGCACAAGAGCUGAAUGAGUUGGAUUAUCACAAUGCUGUUGAAGUAAAUGCAAGAUGCCAGAAAAUCUGUGAUCAGUGGGACAAUUUUGGGACUCUCACACAGAAACGGAGGGAGGCUUUAGAGAGAGCCGAGAAAUUACGGGAAACCGUCGAUCAGCUCUUACUGGAGUUUGCUAAAAGGGCUGCUCCCUUUAACAACUGGAUGGAAGGAGCAAUGGAAGAUCUACAAGACAUGUUUAUUGUUCACAGUAUUGAAGAAAUUCAGAGUCUGAUAACGGCCCAUGAACAGUUUAAAGCCACCCUGCCGGAAGCAGACAGCGAGAGGCAGGCCAUCCUGGGAAUCCUUAAUGAAGUGCAGAAGAUUACUCAGACCUAUAGCAUCUCAUCCAUUGUGUCAAAUCCCUAUAGCAUGAUAUCACAUGAAGAGAUCAGUGCCAAAUGGGACAAGAUGAAGCAACUGGUUCCUCAGAGAGAUGGGACCCUGCAAGAGGAGCUUGUACGGCAACACUCUAAUGAGCGUCUGCGUCGCCAGUUUGCCAGCCAGACAAAUGUCAUUGGACCUUGGAUCCAGCGCAAGAUGGAGGAAAUAGCUCAAAGUUCUAUUGAAAUGAGUGGAACCCUGGAAGAUCAAAUGAACCAACUGAAGCAGUUAGAGGAGGUCAUCAUUAACUACAAACCCAAUGUUGACAAAUUGGAAGGAGAUCAUCAACUUAUUCAAGAGGCCCUCAUCUUUGACAACAAGCACACCAAUUAUACCAUGGAGCACAUCCGGGUUGGCUGGGAGAUGCUUCUUACUACAAUUGCCAGGACUAUCAAUGAAAUUGAGACCCAGAUUCUAACCAAAGAUGCGAAAGGAAUCACCCAGCAACAAAUGAAUGAAUUCCGGUCUUCGUUCAGCCACUUUGACAGGAAGAAGAAAGGGGCGAUGGAGCCAGAUGAUCUCAGAGCUUGUCUCAUCUCCAUGGGCUUUGAUUUGGGUGAGGCUGAGUUUGCUCGGAUCAUGAACCUAGUUGAUCCAAACAAUACUGGCUUAGUGUCCUUCCAGUCCUUCAUCUCCUUCAUGACCCGAGAGACUGCGGACACAGACACAGCUGACCAAGUCGUGGCUUCCUUCAGAAUUCUGGCUGGAGAUAAACCUUACAUUUUAGCUGAGGAACUGCGUCGAGAGCUGCCCCCAGAACAGGCUGAAUACUGUAUAGCCAGCAUGCCACCAUACAGAGGGUCUGAUGCUGUUCCGGGAGCCCUUGACUAUGCCUCAUUUUCAACUGCACUCUACGGUGAAAGUGACCUGUAACAAAGGAUUCAGAAGCAGAAUCUUUUCUUUCUUUCCCAAGCCUGAAUAUUUUAGUGAUUAUAAGUAUAGAGCAAUGAAUAAUAGCCUUGAAUGCAAUGCUAGAUGUGAAUCUCUAAAAAAAAUAAUGUUGCUGUGUGUGGCACCAGAAAAUGUAAUGGAAGUAUCACCACCUUGUAUGAAAUAUAUUCUUAUACAAUUUUCAAAAAAAAUCCCUCAGGAUUUGAUGGUACUGGACACAUAUAUGUCAUUGCAAAAUCUGAUGCAUAACCCAUUUUGUUUUAAAAAUCUGCACGUUUACUAUUGCUUGGUUUAACAUUGACUUUAUAUGAAAGUUUUUCAUUGCUGACAGGAUCAUUUGUGAGCAGUUCAUGGAUCCUAUUACAGUAUUUCUAAGGAAAAGCUCAAGCAUUCCUGAGUUACUGAAGGGAAUGUUGUCACAGGAACAUAGGAAUGUGUAAAUUCAGACAAUAUCAUUGUGGGCCAGUUCACCUCUAUGUCUCUGGCCCCCCUUAAUCCUUAUCUCUAUCUGGUUCAUGCUUGAAUCCACCAAGUGUAUUUCUUGCAAUAGAUCAUGUGUAGUCUGUGCUACAUACUCACCACCUUCUGUAUAAAGUAAUUAAAUCCAAAUGGUCAGAGCUUAAGUUCUUGCUCCCAUUUUUGUAGUUUUUGUGAUCAUCAAAUUAUCAGUUUCAACUUUCAACAACUCUUUGAAGUCUUGAAUACCUCUAAUAUAAAUUGAUAAGCUGUCACUGGGGUGGAUUUUGACUUUGUACAAUCAUGUAAACCAGUUAUAGUGAAUUGGCAGCCCAUUUUACAUCUCUUUUAAAUUUUCUUUGAAGUCAGUGGAAAUAAAAAUUCACAGAGAUGUGAAACAGGCUGCCAACUCACUGUCGCCUGUUUUUCAGUACUGCUCAAAGUUAUGAAUUACCUCAUUGAUUCUUCCAAUUGUUGUAAUGUAUUCCCAGUAUUAUAUUUUGUAUGAAUUUUCACAACAGCUUUUACAGACUGUGUCCUAGCAUGUUAAAAGCAUGUUCUUCUCUCUAAAAAAAAAAUUGGACAAAGAAUAAGUCCAGGCUUUUUGUAACUCUCCAGUUUGUGAAACCUUUCAUAGCUCUAGAUAAACACCUUGCCUCAUCUGCCAUUGGAAUGUAACAGUACAAAAAGGAAGAAGAUAAAAUACGAUGGACUUGAUACUUUUUCCCUUAUGAAGCUACUUUUAAAAUAUAACAAUUGACAUUUUUAUCACUGCUGAUGAUUGAAAUGUUAUUAAAAUGUAAACUUGC